ACCAAGCAUUGAUCUAAAAACAUUAAUUCAAUCCCUCAAAAUGGCUCAACUUCUUCUUCUUUGCCUUGUUUUAGCAGAUGCUUUUGUAGGGCUCGCAAUGGCCAGUGAAAAGGUUCAGACCAUUGUUCAGUCUAGCCCUGCGCCAUCCUCCCACCCACAAGCUCCCACUCAGAAUUUAUACGAUGCUCAAGCGCCCAAUAUCAGGAAACUUGGAAAACACCAUCUCCAUAAAAUGAUCCAGUCCUUCGUGGCCCCAAUACAUAGCCCAUCUAUAGCUCCUCACCAAGCUCAAGAAAACGUUCAUUCCAAAAGAGAAACCAGUUCUUUGCACCAAAUCAGGUCGUCCUCUGAGCCCGGCAGCACUGAAGAGAGCGCGAGCAUCCAUGUGCAAGAUAUUCACCUUCCAAACCAUCAUCAUUCAGUGGACAAGUCAAUAGCUGGGGGCGGUGUGAUUCUUGGGGGUCUUGCCGCCGUAUUUUUAGUGGCUGUUUUCCGUUACAUUAGAGCUACUGGCAGACAUAAAGCAGGAGCCACUUCUUGAGUCAAGUUAUCUAGAGUUGUCUUGUAGGUAUAUGAUAGGGGGAAAACAUCUUGUGUUUCAACACUUUCAAGAAAAUAAACACUAAUAUUCUGAAGGAUAUGGUUUAUAACAGUGAAAAUGAACAUAUUUUUGUUUUAAAUAUACUUCAUUUGAAUCUCGGGUUGGAGCA